ACAAAAGCACCAGAAAGAAGUUUGCGGUGAAAAGAAAAGCCCCAUAAACCAUUUCGCGCUGAAGAAGAAAAGCAACAAAAUUUAUUUUGCAGAGAAACCAUUUUUGUGGGUUCCGAGUUCUGAAACGAUUUUGCUGCGAAAAGAAAAGCGGGUUCUUCGUUUCAAUUUAUCUCCUCUCGGCAUGGAAAAAGGGGAAGAAGACUCAUCUUUGCAAACACCAUCUCUUUCAAAUUCCCCAACCGCGGAUAUACCAUCAAGUACACGGUACUUUGUAGAUUACACUAGUGCUGGUUACUACGGACCACUUCCUGGCUGGCCAAUGCCUUUUCCGCCAUAUCCAGAUGGCGGCCAAUAUCCAACAAGCGCCGCUAUGAGUGGAGGAGAUGAUACAGAGGAAGCACCUCUAUGUAGAGAAACUGAUAUUCCAUGUACCUCUGGAAUAGGUGAAGAAAGCAAAGAAGAUAGACCAAAUUUACAAGAAACUGAGGAAGGCAUUGUUGGGACACCGCAGUUAGAGGAUGACGUUGGUGGUGAUAUGAUUGAAGAGCCAAAGUCGGGAAUGGAGUUUAAUUCUUUUGAAGAAUUAAUGGAUUAUUAUAAGCAAUAUGCUAAGAAAUCAGGGUUUGGGGUAAUGAUAAGAAGGACUGAUAAAGGGGAUGAUGGGACUGUCCGAUAUGCCACCAUUGGUUGUGCCCGUGGUGGGAAGGCCCGGAAUAGGACAUUGAAUGUCGCUAGACCACGUCCAACAGGAAAGACAGAGUGUAAGGCAAAGGUUAAUGCCUUAAAAGUUGAUGGAAAGUUCCGGUUGACAACAGUGAAUAAUCUCCAUAACCAUGGCCUUAGCCCAAAUAAAUCUCGCUUCUUCCGAUGUAAUAGAGAAGUGAGUGACUCUGUAAAAAGAGUCCUAGAUAUAAAUGAUAUGGCUGGGAUCCGAAUGAAUAAGAGUUUCGGAUCUCUCGUCGUUGGCGCUGGUGGAUUCGAGAACCUUCCAUUUUUAGAAAAGGAUUGUCGUAAUUAUAUCGACAAGGCAAGACAUCUAAGGCUUGGGAAAGGUGGUGCUGAAGCUCUUCGAGAGUAUUUUUGUAGGAUGCAGUACAAAAAUCCUGGUUUCUUUGCACUGAUUGAUUUGGAUGAUGACGGGAGGUUAAGGAAUGUCUUCUGGGCAGACCCCCGUAGUAGGGCAGCCUACCAAUAUUUCGGGGAUGUGGUGACAUUCGACACUACAUACCUGACAAAUAGGUAUGGGAUGCCCUUUGCACCAUUUGUUGGUGUAAACCACCAUGGGCAGUCUAUUCUGUUGGGAGCAGGAUUGAUUUCCAGUGAGGAUACAGAGACCUUUGUGUGGUUAUUUCAGACGUGGUUGCAGUGUAUGGAUGGUAUCGCUCCGAAAGCUAUUAUCACCGAUCAGGACAGAGCGAUGAAAAAUGCAAUUGCUAUUGUCUUUCCUGAAAGCCGACAUCGACUUUGUUUGUGGCAUAUUCUGAAAAAAGUUCCCGAGAAGCUGUCCUCUUAUGCUUCCUACAAAAGUGGGAUGAAGAAUGCAUUGAUGAAAUGUGUGUAUGAUACACAAACUGUUGAUGAGUUUGAGAAAUGUUGGGAUCAUUUUAUCACCUCUUACAAGUUGCAUGAGAACGCCUGGCUUUCAAGUUUAUACACUGAGCGUGAGUAUUGGGUGCCAGCAUUCUUGAAGGACUGUUUUUGGGCUGGGAUGAGUACAACGCAACGCAGCGAGAGCAUGAAUGCUUUUUUCGAUGGCUAUGUUCAUGCAAAAACAAACUUGAAAGAAUUUGUCGAUCAGUUUGAUAGUGCGUUGAAAAAAAAAGUUGAGAGUGAAAAUAACGCGGACUUCCAUUCAUUUAGCGUUACCAUUCCUUGCAUAUCUAGAUCUCCUAUCGAGAAGAGAUUUCAAGAACUGUACACAAAUGCUAAAUUUAGGGAAGUUCAGAUGCAACUUACUGGCAUUAUCGAUUUGGAUCCAGAGUUACUUAAGAGGGAUGGUGCAGUAAAGACCUAUCUGAUAGAGGACGAAGUUCGGGUUGAAGAGUUCAGUAAGUCUGUUACGUUUUCUGUGGACUUUAGUGAGGAAAAUGCAGAUGCUAAGUGUUCGUGUGGUUUAUUCCAGAUGAGGGGUAUAUUGUGCAGGCACAUUCUCGCUGUAUUUAAAUGUAACGGGAUAAAAUCCCUGCCAGAGAAGUACAUUUUAGACCGAUGGAGAAAGGAUAUCAAAAGGAGAUACACGUUAAUCGAUACCAGCUAUGACGCAGGGGAUCAACGGCCAGAUGCUUCCAGAUAUGCAAGUCUAUUAAAAAUCUGUUACCAAAUGAUUACUCAUGCAGCGGGUUCAAAAAAACAUACUGAGGAUGCCACACAUAAGUUACACGCAAUGAUUGAAUUAUAUACUGAGAAUCAAGAACCCCCAUCGAUUUCCCUCACUGGUUCGAAUGUUGGUUGUACUCAAAAUGACACAGGCACAGUGGGUAGCUCAAAACAAGUACUCAGUCCAUUAGUUGUCAGAGGGAAAGGCAGACCCCCAUCCCUGAGGAGAGCAUCCAGAAUGGAAAAAGAUAUGCGGAGAGUUAAAGGAAAGACAAAGAAAGCAGAAUUGAAACGGAAACAGAGAGAAGGCGGAGAUAUACCAGGGCAAGACACGUGCAGAAAUUUAUUUGGCCCAUCAGAGCUUGUCCAAGAGAAAUCCGUUAAUGUGGUUGGUGGAACCCAGCUCGGAGAAAGGAUGAUUGGGAGUCAAGAAAGUGGGUUGCGCUGACCUCUUGGUUAGCUUGCAUUCUGUAGCUGCCGAAAGUAAGCAUGAGAACUGUGUAUAGGAAGUUCUCAUGUUCAGAAAGGGGUGCUGUUGCGAAAGACCUUUCAAGCAACUCGUGAAACUUGUAAUGCAUUUUUGGAACAAUUGUCGUGGUUUUCCAAUAGGGGAGAGCUGCAGCUGCUGUUAUGAUCUUUAUUAUAUUUUUUUUUUCUUCUUCCUUUGGUAGUUGUAGAAACAACUUAUGUGAAGUUCAGGUCUUUUACAGUUAUUACUCAAAAUUGUGACUUUGUUAUUUUGUGAUCCCAAAAUUGUGACUUUGUUAUUUUGUGAUCCCAAACUAUAUAGCUUCUGAUAUAAACGAUAUAGCAUGCAACGGAGGAAUUUUGGCAUGAUUUAUUAGAG